CGUCACCAGCUAACCGUCCCCCAAUUAAAGUGGUGUGUAAGAUCUAACCCAGUCGCCUACAAGUUUGAUUAGGUAGAGUAGCCUCAAGUUUACUACAGCUGUCGCCUACCAUGUCGGUACAACGACAAGUUCCCGUCUCGAUGGAACCUUCCCGCCCAGACGUCUUUGACUCCUUUUUCCCCAGUUUUAGAGACGCCCAGUUCCCUGGUUCCUCGCUGUCAGGUUCCACGUUCCCGCGAGAAAACGCCUUCUACGCCCCGAGAGAAACCUACGUGAGAGAUCCUAUGCGAGACACGGCAGUUUACCAGGCCAACCCAAUGCCGGUCAGUGCCCUGCCCUUGACCAGGGGCUUCUUCAACCCUGAGCGUCAGCUGGCCAGUAUGGACAACGAGCUGCAGAGGAUGUCGUCAGAGAUGCGCCGGAUGUUCAGUGAGAUCCAGCACCUGAUGCCGGGGGAUGCUAACCCAGAGGGCUGGAGGGUUAAGGAGAAUUUUUUCCUGGACAACCCCGUGUACCAUGACGUGUCGUCUGGACACAACGUCUUCCGGUUACAGUUUGACGUCAGACAGUUCAGGCCGGAAGAGAUUUUCGUCAAGACUCUUGGCAACCAGCUGACAAUUCACGCCAAGCAUGACGAGAGCACAGAUGGCAAAUCUUUACACAAGGAAUAUCAUCGUCAAUAUGUGCUACCGAAGGAGCUGAACCCAGAGACCUUGACAUCCAAGCUAAGUCGUGAUGGGAUACUGACCAUUGAAGCCCCACUGCCCAUUACUGAUGGACAUAAGGAUAAGCUGAUCCCUAUAAAACAUGAGUAACAUGCCAGCUGGCCAUCUUACACCACCAAACACCUGGCUAAGACAGCCAACAAGAACUGCUACUUUAUAAUAUUAAAAAAGACUUCAUCUUUGCCUCUAUAAUAUACAACUCAAACCAUUUUUUUUUUAUUUACUUUAUGAACUUUAUGCAAAUAAAUUUGUAAAAGACAAUAAAUAAUUCUCAAGAGCUGAAAUACCACAUACAUGAAUAAAUGCAGCCUUUAUUGUUGGUAGAAAUAUGUUUUGGAAUUUUACAUAAAUAAACCAUCUUAAAUGGUUUCUUCUAUUGAAUGUUGCAAUAUUAAAUUUAUAUAAGUAGAUAUACAAUAAUUUGUUUGGAACUAUCAAGACAUUGUAUAAUUAUGUUUAAAGAUUACUGUUACAGUCACAAAUCCAGCUUCUACCCCUUUACGUCAAAUCUUACCCAUUUGAAGUAUGAGUUCUAAAACUUUCCGUGUCACUUAAUUUACAUGCAUUAGUAAAGAAAAUUGUAUAAAACAGCUCUGUGCUUAAAAAAGGGUUAAAUUUAUGUUCCAAACUUCCAAACUUUUAAAAACAUGUAUUACAAUCACUCAUUUUCAUGUGUGCAUUAAGGUUUGUAUUAAAAUAUGAAUAAACAUU